AUGAGCGCCUCCUCCAACGUCGCUCGUAGAGCGGUUGCCCGGAACCCCUUGAUGGGAAAUGCCCGGGCCCUCUCUCGAGGUGUUACUCCUGCCAUUCUUGGUCGCCACGUCAGUCGACAUGCCAAAGUCCCCGCCAUCGCUCUAUUGAUCCCGCGGUCAAUGAGUACCGAUCAUCACCGACCCGAUCCCUCCAGCUCUGGCCCACCCCCGGGCUUCAAUGCCGAGCAGGCUAAGAAGCCUCUCCCCAAAGAUGCCAGCGGUUCCAUGGUUGCCAAGAAGGAGGACAAGAUGCUUGAGAAGAAUCCCAACGAGACCUCAGUCCUAAAGCCUGCUGAUGCUGCAGCUAGCCCCAAGGCUGGUACAGAACAAGUCGUGGGUACCAACGAGGGUGUGAUGGAAAAGUCCGAUGCUGCCCAAAAGGCCAAGGAGGAGAAGAAGCUCACUCUCUGGGAAAAGGUCAAGAAGGAGGCUCACCACUACUGGGAUGGAUCUAAGCUACUCGCUGCUGAGGUCAAGAUCAGUUGGAGAUUGGCCCUCAAGAUGGCCGCCGGAUACGAGCUCACCCGUCGUGAGAACAAGCAGCUACAGCGAACGGUCCAGGAUCUCGGUCGAUUAGUGCCUUUUUCCGUCUUCAUUAUCGUGCCCCUGGGUGAGGCACUUCUACCCCUCGCCCUCAAGCUCUUCCCCAACAUGCUUCCUAGCACGUUCGAGGGACAAAAGUCAAAGGAGGCCAAGGCUACUCUCCUCCGAUCAACACGUAAGGAGGUCAGCGAAUUCUUGAGACAAACACUCGGCGAGGGUCUACCACUAAGCCAAGCAACAACACAAAAGGAAGAGUUUUCCAACUUCUUCCGCAAAGUGCGCGCAACAGGCGAGACACCUACUGCUCAGGAUGUUAUUAAGAUUUGCAAGGCUUUCCGUGAUGAUCUUACCCUCGACAACCUGUCAAGACCCCAGCUUGUGUCCAUGUGCAAGUACAUGAACCUCAGCACCUUUGGAACUGACAUGAUGCUGCGAUACCAGAUCCGUCACCGCAUGCGUCAAAUCAAGCGCGACGACAAGGCCAUUAGCUACGAGGGUGUUGACAGCUUGACCGUGUCUGAGCUCCAGGCUGCUUGUGCUGCUCGUGGUAUCAGAACACACAGUGUCUCCCCUGCCCGUAUGCGAGGCGACCUCCAGACUUGGCUCGACCUCCGUCUCAAGGAGGGCGUCCCAUCAACACUCCUUGUCCUGAGCAACGCUUAUAUGUACGGCCAAGGCUCCGGCGAGGGCCACAACCAGGUUGAGGCUCUUAUUGGUGUCAUGUCUGCUAUUCCCGAGGAGCUGUACCACGAGAUCGAGCUUGAGGUUCACAGCGCUGAGGGUGCUGCCACUAACAAGCAGCGACUCGAGGUUAUCCGAGAGCAGCAAGAGCUCAUUGAGGAUGAAGCAGAGCAGGACCAGGCUAGUCAAAGCUCCGGUUUCGCCACUCCUCGUGACACAGAUGAUAUCGAUGAGAAGGAGGAGAGACUCGCCCAGGCUCAAGCUGAGGGUCUCGGCAAGAAGCAAGUUAGCGAGAUGCUUGAGGCAGAGAUCGAGCUGGCCAAGGCCGCCGAGACUGCCAAGUCACUAGAGCAGGAGAUCCAGGCCAGCUCUGGUUCGUCCAAGGAGCAGAAGUAG